AUGGUGGCAGUAAAGCAGCUCGGCAUCGCCACUCUUCUCUGGCUUGGCCUCGCCAACCAAGGCCUCGCGCUGGGCAUCGACGAGACCACCAACAGUCUCGAGCUCGUACAGAGAAGACUAGGCAGUUCUUUCAACAUCGCUCCAAUACUCGCAAAGCCUAGGGCGGAGGAGAUUCAGUUUGAUGAACGCGAUUUUGAUGAGCUUGGCGAGCGUGACCUCGACCUUGUUGAACGAGGGUUCCGGAAGGGAUUCAAUCCAGGCGUUGCUAAAUGGAAAAAGCCUCGCGAUCUUGAGGGACGAGGCUUCCGCAAAGGCUUCAACCCCGGUGUUGCCAAAUGGAAGAAGCCUCGUGACCUUGAGGAAAGAGGCUUCCGUAAGGGUUUCAACCCCGGCGUUGCUAAAUGGCAAAAGCCCCGUGACCUGGAGGAACGAGGGUUCCGUAAAGGUUUCAACCCGGGUGUUGAGAAAUGGAAAAAGCCUCGCGACAUUGAGGAACGAGGGUUUCAUAAGGGAUUCAAUCCGGGGGUUGCCAAAUGGCAGAAGCCUCGAGACAUUGAAGAGCGAGGCUUCCGCAAGGGAUUCAACCCAGGCGUUGCUAAGUGGAAAAAGCCUCGCGAUCUUGAGGAAUUAUUUUAG